AUGGAUCAAAUUUUUCAAAAAAAAUUGACUGAAAUAGGCUUUUUUUUAGAUAAAAUAGUCCAUAGUAUGAAUGUGAUAAAUCAAAAGACAGUUAAUUCAGAAAAUAUAGAGCUAAUAGAGGAUGAAAAGAAACAAAACAGUAUAGAAUUGUUUAAUGAAGCGGAAAAACUGUUAAUAUUUCUUGUUGAAGUCAGUAAUCUUUUAAAAAAAAUGAAUAAAAAAGAAAUCGAAAUUAUAUCAACUGGUUUGAGAGAUAGAAAGACAAUUUUGCGUCUUUUUGAAUAUGCAGCAUUUUUUAUAUUCAGAAUUUGUAGUUCAAAUGGUAUAGGCAUGAGUCUAGAUUUAUGGAAACAUAAUAUCGUUUUUAAUAAGAUAUUGAAAGAUCAAUCAAUAAAUAAUAAGUUAUUAGUUAAAGAUGAGGAAUUAUUUGAAAAAGAUAAGGAUUUCUUGAUUAUGGCAGCUAAUACUUUUGAAAUAAUUAUGAAGAAUGAAGUUUUUGUAAAUUCGUUUAAUAUUAGUGAAAAGUGUGUUUUAUAUACAUUAAGUAUUUAUGGAGAACUUGGAUUUUUUCCAAAAAAUAAAGAUAAAAUUUGGAGUAAAAAAUUUUAUUCUCUUUUAGAAAGUUUACCAUUUAAUAUUUUGUUAUCUACCUUAAUCAGAUUAAACAAUCCUAGAUGUCCUGGAUGGAUGAGAGAAGUUAUAUGUAAAGAAUUGUCAAAAGUAACAAGAAAACCAGGCGGUAUUACAGCAAUUGUAGAAUUUAUAAAAGUAACAUUGUACGAAAAUGAGAUUACGAUUAACGAUCUUGAUAAAGUAGUAUCUUUGGUUACAUUAAUUCCUAAGGAUAUUGAAAAAGAGGAAUAUAUAAAAUCAAUUUCCCCAGAACUUUUAUCAAUGCUCGAUCAUCCAUUUGAAAAGUCAUAUUUAUAUCAAACAUCAGGAAGAAUUAUAUCGGUUUUACUAUUGAAUUAUCCUGAAUUGACACAAAAUUAUAUUAUUUCUAAAAUUAUUGAGUUAUUACAUACUCCAAAACAGAAUCAAAAUGAUGAAUCUAUAGAUAACGCUAUUAAAAGGAUUGAAAGAAUAUGUCUUCAAUCUGAUUCUAAUAUAAUAGUUAAUGUUAUUUCUCCUAUUUUUAUCGUUCUUUGGGCAGCAUCAUGUUUUUCUCAUAAAACCCAUAAAUAUAUGUGGAGAGAUAGAAUAAUUUCUAUACUUCUAAGUUAUAUUUUUCUAUCUUGUCAAUUGACGUCUAUUUGGAGAAUAAUAGAAAAUUUUUUAUCUACAGGUGAUACAUACUUUUCUUUUUCCAAUGGAGAACAAGGUGGAAUUUCAAUUGAAAUUAAUAAUUCAAAUAUAAUUUUGUCAAUAGAAGAUAUUGAUUCUCGUAUUGAAAAUUUUAGUCUCUUGAUUGACAAAUUUCGUAAUGAUCAAAAAUUGAUAGAAGAUAUAUUUUUAAAAUUGCUAAAUUAUUGGCUUAAUAAAAAUAAAAAUUCAGAGGAAGAUCAGGAUCCUUUAAAUGAACUAUAUUAUUUGAAGAUAUUAAUGUUAAUACAGAAUAAUUAUCUUACAGAAAUAACGAAAAAUACAGAGAAAAUUUUCCAAAUAUUAAUGGAAAUUAUAUCUAAUUUUAAUAAGAAUUAUAAGUUAUCACAAAGUAUGCGAAAUUCUAAAGAUAUUGAUCAACCAUUCCUUAAAAAUCUUCAUAAGAUAGUAAAAGAUGACACAGAUUUAAGGAUUAUAGAUGAAGACAUUAGUAUUGUUAUGAUUUCUUUAAAUAUUUUAAAUAUAAUUUUAGCCAGUAAUCCUAAGUUAUCAGAAAAAGAAGUUUCUCUUUUAGAUACUAUUCAACAUCAAUUAGCAUAUAUGUCGAAAAAUUCUGUAGACUCUUUAAGAAGUUGUGCUCAAAAUUUAAAUAUUUUGGUCAAAUCAUAUCUCAUUUUUCCUAUUAUAUCAGAUCAAAAUAAAAAUUCUCAGAUUGAAGAUUCAAAAAGAAAAUAUAAUAAAGCUAUACAAUAUACAUUUGAUCAGCUUGUUCCAGUACGUGCACAAGGGAUUUCGCUUUUAAAAGAAAUGAUAGAGGCAAAAGAUCCAAUAGUAGAUGUCAGUGAAGUACUAAAUUUAUUAAUUGGGUUGAUAAAGGACAAUGACAGUUUUGUGUAUUUGAAUGCAAUAAAUUGUCUUACUUCUUUAUCAAAUAACCACAGUAAUUAUAUAAUUGAAUAUUUAUUAAGUGAAUAUGCAAAUGUUUUAAAGUAUAAACUUGAUGAACGCAUACGAAUAGGUGACGCUAUUUUUAAAAUAAUACAAAAUAUUGGAAAGAUGAUUCAUGGUAAAAUUUCUGACUCCAUUUCAAGAACCAUGCUUGAUAUAUCAACUUCAUCAACAAAUGAUAUACGAAUUCGUUCAUCUGCACUUAGUAUACUUGGUAUUGCAUGUAAAUGUAGCUUCUAUGGAAUGGACAAAUGGUGUUUUAUAGCAUUAAAAUCUGUUCUUGAUAUUUUAAAUUUCGAAAAAACAGAUGAAUAUAUUAUACUUAGAAGAGCGGCAAUCAUAUUGAUUGCAAACAUCUUAGAAGGAACUGAUGACCUAAUCUCAAUUCCAAGCAAUUUAUUACGAAGUACUUUAAAAACUGUUCGUUAUAUUCAAGUUGCUGAUCAAGAUAUCCUAAUGCGACGUCAAGCACUCGGGCUUUUGGAUCUCAUGAAACAAAAAUUACAUGAAAAAAUAGGGCUUUAUUCUCAUGAUACAAUUUUAAAUAUUAUUCAAUUUACAUAG